UCCACCACACAAACACACACUGAAAACACUAAGUAGCUUUCUUCAUUCAGCACCCUGUUUCAUCAUCCAACCUUCUUUCUUCAUUGAACACUGAAGACAUGUGUUUACAAAAACCAAUGGAGAUUGUAGGAUACGGUUUUCGUCCCACCGAUGAAGAACUUGUCCACUCUCACCUCAAACCCAAGUUGCUAGAUGAAGAACUUGUCCAUGUCAUGACUGACAUAGAUCUUUGCGCUGUGGAACCUUGGGAAGUACCAGAGAUGUUAGCAAAAUCAGUAAUACCAUUCGAAAACUCAGAAUGGUUUUUCUUCAGUCCUGUUAAGUUGAAGUACUCAAAUAGUGAAAGGUUUAAAAGGACAACCAAGAGUGGGUUCUGGAAACCCACGGGAGAACCCCGUGAUGUUAGAACAGAGGACACCAACACUGUCAUUGGGACUAAGAAGACUCUUGUUUUCUAUAUUGGUCGUGCUUCCAAAGCUGUCAAAUCCAACUGGGUUAUUCACGAAUAUCAUGCUCUUAACUCAAUCCAAAGCCAGAAUGCUUUUGUGUUAUGCCGCUUGAAAAAGAAACAUGGGAAAACGACCGAAGGAGGAACUGCUGCACUGAUCUCUGAUGAAGAGGAAUCCAGUAGAAGUGUGGUUUCUGACAAUGAACAUCAGGCAACAGCAGAAGGAGUUCCAUCUGGAGAUACUUUUAGCAGAAUGGAAACAAUCUGUCAGUUAACAUAUCAGGCAGAAAUAAACAUCUCCCCAACAGAACAGUCUCUAAUUGAUAUUGAGCAGGAUGAAGCAUCUUUCCCAAACCCAUCUAACGAUGCCUAUUUUAGAAAGGAAAUCAACAAUAGGCAUAUCCCAUAUGCACAGACUCCAUUUGAACCUAUGCAUACUUCUUUAGGAUCUACCCAAAAUCCAUUUGAAGCUGGAUCUAUGUUAACUCCUUUUGAACCUACACAACCUUCAUUUGAUACACUGGAGGCUCUUUCAGGAACUAUGCAAUCUCCUUUAGGAGCUAUGCGGACUUCUUUAGGAGCUACGUAUACUCCACCUCAAAUGAUGUAUCCUCCAUCUGAUACUACGCAUAUUCCUUUAGGAUCUAUCCCAUAUGCACAGACUCCAUUUGAACCUAUGCAUACUUCUUUAGGAUCUACCCAAAAUCCGUUUGAAGCUGGAUCUAUGUUAACUCCUUUUGAACCUACACAACCUUCAUUUGAUACACUGGAGGCUCUUUUAGGAACUAUGCAAUCUCCUUUAGGAGCUAUGCGGACUUCUUUAGGAGCUACGUAUACUCCACCUCAAAUGAUGUAUCCUCCAUCUGAUACUACGCAUAUUCCUUUAGGAUCUAUCCCAUAUGCACAGACUCCAUUUGAACCUAUGCAUACUUCUUUAGGAUCUACCCAAAAUCCGUUUGAAGCUGGAUCUAUGUUAACUCCUUUUGAACCUACACAACCUUCAUUUGAUACACUGGAGGCUCUUUCAGGAACUAUGCAAUCUCCUUUAGGAGCUAUGCGGACUUCUUUAGGAGCUACGUAUACUCCACCUCAAAUGAUGUAUCCUCCAUCUGAUACUACGCAUAUUCCUUUAGGAUCUAUCCCAUAUGCACAGACUCCAUUUGAACCUAUGCAUACUUCUUUAGGAUCUACCCAAAAUCCGUUUGAAGCUGGAUCUAUGUUAACUCCUUUUGAACCUACACAACCUUCAUUUGAUACACUGGAGGCUCUUUCAGGAACUAUGCAAUCUCCUUUAGGAGCUAUGCGGACUUCUUUAAGAGCUACGUAUACUCCACCUCAAAUGAUGUAUCCUCCAUCUGAAACUACGCAUAUUCCUUUAGGAUCUAUGCAGACUCCAUUUGGAGUUUCAAGUCCUUUAGCAUCUAGGAAGAUUCCUUUUGAAAGUAGGAAAAUUCCAUUUCAAAAUACACAUACCCCAUCGCAGACUCCUUUUGAGUUCCCAAAAUCAUUGAAAAGGACAUAUUGUGAAAGCACUUGCAUAAAUCCAGAAGUCGUCCUUAAACUGGACGAUAGUAUUGAAGAUAGUUCAACUAUGUGUACUGAAUAUCUUAAUUCAGAUGAAUACCAUUCAUCAAAAAGGUUUAAAACAUCAUAUGAUGUUGUAGAUGGUGAUACAGAUCUUUUAUUUUCCAACCAAGAAGCAAGUCAGAAACAAGUAAGUAUAUUUCAAGACGAUUUUUGGGGAGUGAAGACAUCCUCAUGUGACUCUACAGUAUAUAAUCCUGAAGAGAUCAAUUGGAAUGAAAUAUCUAGUUUUCCUUGCACUUAAAGGUCAUGGGAAGAUCAGUAUCAUCUAAGACCGAACAACUUCAUAUGGUGCGAACUAAGAACUUCGUACCAUUAUUGGAUUAGUGGAUAAGAGUAUAUGUUAUUAAAAAUAACUUGCUCUGAAAUAGCCAAUUUACUAGAAAUUGCAUAAUGACAAUUAUGCAUUAUAAUACAAAAGUAUGUAUAAUAGGAAAUGUAUUAGAAAGUAUUAUAAACGAUGAAAUCGUGUGUAUUUAAGAUACUAGAUUGUGUACUAGGAUGUUUGUAUGGUUAUUUGUAGUUUCUGGACAGAGUACUUUUUUGUAGUGAACUUUUGUCUCUAGGAUACCAAGUGUAUUACUGAAUCAGUUUAUUUUCUUUGAUUUUAGUAUUUAAUAAUAUAUUUUAUUAGCUUUUGGAAUGCAUGGCUAAUGCAGUUAUUUUCCCAUAUCAGUUGAACAAAGGAUUGGCUAGACAACCACUUCACUUUUA